GCAGUCAAAGCAGUGUUAUUUCUGCAGUGUAAUGGAGCCCUAACUUGUAUGUUCUUUCUCCUUACUGUAAUUACUUUUGCCGUCUUCACCACACACUGAUGUUGCUUGGCCACACAUGUCUCUAUUUUCAUCUGGGAAAUGUUGGCAUGUCUAUGUAUGGUACAGACAUGUGCCAACAGGUGUGCACACACACACACACACACACACUGCAUUGUUCUGGGCCGGUUUCCUCUGCAUUCCUAAAUAAUAAAAGCAUCCAGCACAUUUCCCGUUUCCCUUGCCCUCCCAUUCCUGCAUCCUGAGUAUAUCUGCAGUAUUUGCACAACAAGCCCCUGAGGAACUGUGAGUAGUAUCCUUGGCAGAAAUAGCUAUUCCUUGGCUCUGCUUGGCCCAGCCCUAAGCUCUGGAUUUGUGCGCUGCAAUUGAAGCAAUGGGCAUGUCUGCUGAGGAGGAUGAUCCCACCAGCCCCAAAGCUCUUCCCCCUACUCUCCAUACCCUUUGGGAAGAAGUAACUUCCUACUGCACUCUGACUCUGUGCUAUGGAAUUCUUAUCAAAUCUGCAAAUUACAUCCCAGAUGGAGAAUGGCCUGAAAUGGGAAAGGCUGAAAAAUUAGCAAGAGGAGCUGCCUUAAAAUGGGCAUCUGGAGUGUUUUACAGAGCAAACAAAUUGGAGGGCCUUGAGCAGUAUCGGGUCCGGGAGAUGCAGCGCAACAGCUCCAUCCAGUCUCGCAUAAAGUCAACUGUCCAGUCAUAUUUGGAGGGGGUGAGCAUGGGCUUGGAGCAGCUACAUUCAGCCAUCACAGAUAUCCUGCAAGUGCAGAAAGAGCUGGGGAGCGUACGACAGGACUUGACAUCCAGUGUCAGCUCUUUUCAGACUCUGCAAAGGAUCCAGGAGAUGGUGGUAGAGCAUGCCCAGCUGAGUUCAGUUGUCCAGACAUUGCCCAAGCUUUUCUCAGUACAUCGGCUACUUUCUGAGACUUUUGAGCUUCUGCAGAAUAAGCAUCUCCUGGAGGCCCACACCAGACUCAUGGACCUGGAGAACUUACGGGAUGACAUCCUUUCCCAGCUGCAUAAUCACAACCUGCUUAGCCCUUUACAUCUGGCCAGUUUGGAGUCCUACUUUGGGGGUCUAUUGGAACUGAAUGAUGCCCUGGCCCAGCAUUUGUGGCACAUUGUAGGCCACAGCACAAAGUUGGUGUCUGAAGACCCUGCUCUCUUUGUAUCUGCUGUGAGAAUUAUUGAGCGAGAAGAGAACAUUGAUGGUGCCCUGCUACUAAGAACCCAGCCUCCUGACCUCCUCCCUCCUGGGCGCCCAAAGUGCUGGAGACAGAAGUUCUUUCGAGUGAUCCAGGACUCCAUCGUGGCUGCACACUUCCAGGCUGUGCCAAGCAGUACCCUAGGCCGUCAUCUCACUAGGCAUUUAGCAUCCUUACAGAGCAACAUCCUGGCAGAGCUGCAUAUUGUGAAAGAUCUGAUGGUCCAGUGCUGCCCACCUCACUAUAACAUCCUCAUGGCCUUCACUACUAUGUAUCACCAAAGCCUUGCCAAACACCUGGAUCACAUUCUCACUUGGGAUCUGGACAAGCAGGAGAUCUUUGCUCUUCUCCACUGGGCAGUCCAUGUUUACCCUAGCUCAGAAAUGAUGGCUCACCCAGAUCUUCUCCCUGAAGUGGACACUUCAGUGUUAGGCCCUUUACUUCCAUUGGAAAGAAUAAAAUAUCUGGAGGAAACCUAUCUGGAGAAAGUACAGGCCAGUAUUGCUGAAUGGAUGCAAAAGACCCUGGAGAUGGAGUUUAAAGAAUGGUUCAGCGAAGAGGAACCAGAAUCAGACUAUCAAGGCUGCUUUCAGACCAGUCUGCCAAAUAUUAUUAUGAAGAUGCUGGAUGAAAACAUCCGGGUAGCAUCCAUCAUCUCUGAUACUCUCCGGGAAAAGAUGUGCAACAUGACUCUGAAGGAGCUGGAGAUCUUUCUGGGCAGCCUGUAUGAGGAUCUGGUGAAAUUUGGCAUGGAGCACCAACAAGAGCCCACUGCAUCCAAAUGCUAUGCACCAUACUUGCUGUCAACUCUCAACAACUGUCUGGCCCUCAGCACCUCCAUCCCAGCUCUGUAUACAGAUGGGGCAUCAUCACUUGAGCCUACAAAGGUGCCGCCGUCCUUGGACAUAGCCCUGGAGAAAGCCCAAAAGAAGGCUUGUCGGAUGCUACUGGAGGAGAUGCUGGUAGAUCUGAAGCCUCUGUUCAUACAGCUACCAUCCCGUCAGUGGUUGUCUGAUGGAACCCAGCUGAUGAGCAGCAUAUGUGAGGUGAUAGACAAGCAUGCAAAUCGCUUCUGCCGAACUCAAGAACCACUCAGCACAUACCUUCUGUCAGAGACAGAGCAUCUGGUCAGAAGCCAGUACCUCAGGGCCUUAUUGCAGAAACGGAUGGUGUGCCGGCACAGUGAGGAGAGGAGGCAAAUGGCCAGGCGGAUGUUGCAGGAUGCCUCUCAGUUCAAGGAGCUCUUCUGUAACCUGGGCUUGAAGGAGAACAAGCAGACCUUCAAAGUAAUUGCUGAUCUUCAGGAGCUCAUUUGUCUCAAAGAUCACAGCAUCCUUAGCUUGGAAGUGCUGGGAUUUGUAUUAAAAUAUCCUGAUGUCAGCGAUGAUCACAUUUCCAUGCUCCUAGAUUUGCGUGGAGACAUCUCUAAAGAAGUCCGUAAUAACGUGCUAGAGAUCAUGGCACAGAAUCCUCAAGUCCUUCCUGAGAACUAUGAGCACGUUUUUAGCCACAUCUUGGUUUCUCCUCCAGAGCCACUCUUCUGUCUUGGCAAGUCCAAAUGUGCCUGACAUUGUCUAGUUGAGGCUGUCAGACUGCCAACCAGGUUCUCUCUACAGCUGUGGCUUCAUCCUAAUCUUGCAGGCCCUCGGA